CAGUUCACUGAACUGCCUGCACUACACGCUGUUGCACUACGAAAACGAACAGCGUUGAUGACGUCAUGAUGACGUCAUUCUCAACAAAAAGAACGUUUUAGUGUAAACUCCUUGCACUGGUGUGCACUAGUGCAGAAAGUGUUUCGAAAAAAAACAGACCUAUUAAUAUUGUCGUUAAUUUUCGUCAAGAUAUUUCGAGCUAAACGAAAAAUGGCGACCGCUUAGAAGCUAUUAUAACUUCUACCCACAGGACGCGACAACGCUAAAUACCGUCUCCUUGAACGCACCUUUGAAGUCGAAACGGAUUAAUACGAAUAUAAUUCCGAUUGGUCAUUCCCCCACAUCUUUUCCGUUCUGUUCUUUCGUUGCCAUGUGACAGCAUCCUGAGGCCUCGGGACUUCUAAUAGUUACAUAUUACGAGAUCCAGUAGAGCUAAAAAAAACAAGUUUAUUGAUUUAUUCUGAUUUUAACUUAUAAUUGUUUUUAUUGCAUGAAAUAUGUAUUUCUUUGAUGUAUGAACAAAAUUGUUAGUAAUUUAGCAACAACGACGAAUGUGAACGGUAAUGCGGAAUCCUCUACGUCAAUGGUCGAUUCAUGUGACAGUGUUUAUUUGCACUGUCGUCGUGCAAUCUGAUAUUUGUUUAAAACUUUUAGUUUUCCUUCAAUUUUGGUGGUUUUAAUCGUCUAAAUGAGCGCCAAAGAUCAGUAUCCGUGCGUUCUAUGCAACGCAAAAUUCAAAUCCAAAGAUUUGCUGCAGGAACACUUUAGAAAACAUGGAAAAGAGUUGGACAUGCGAGGAAAGCCCAUUGCCAGUGGAUAUUUUAAAAAUACUAAAUGUGACAUAUGUGGGACAUCGUUUGUUACUACAAGUGCAGCAAUAAGGCAUAGAUUUAAGAAACAUCCUAAUGCACAUACAAAAUUUUACUGCCAUUAUUGUGGAAAGCAUUUUCCUCUAGAAAUUCACAGAGAUCAUCAUCAACUUUCACAUGACAAAUCUGAAAGCGAAAGGAAAGAACAGCACAGAAAAUGUGAAGAAUGCAAUGUGUUAUUUUAUAAUGCAAAGGCUCUGAGAUAUCAUUAUCGCUGUCAUAAGUCAAUGGAACACUUGCUUCAACCUAUAAUCACUCCUCCUCCCAGUAACAAGGUGAAAAUAAAUUCCAUGAACGACGUGCUAAGCGUAUACUAUUGUCAUUUAUGUGGUGUUGAGUAUCUCAGUAAAUUCAAUCUACAGCGACAUUUGAAGGACAGACAUAUGCAGGAUAGGGAAAUGAUCAUGUCGGUAGAUGUAAUUAAGUGUACAGUAUGCACGGCAGUAUUUUGCAGUAAAAAAGCAUUCAAUGCCCACAAUAAAUUUCAUCAACCGAAUGCUGUUGCUAUCUCUGAGCAACAGAGGCACAAUGUGACCAAAAUCAAUCUGGAUUGUGACAGGAGGAUAGAAACUGUAGCCGAUAAAUAUAUAUCACGAUCGAAUGCUUCUAAGAGACAGCUGAGUAAAAAGCGGAUCGUGGAACUGAAAGAAAUAAAGCAAGAAAUAAAAGAAGAAGUAAAACAGGAAAUAAAAGAGGAACUUAUAUCAUCUUCUGACGACGAACUUGUAUACAUAAAUGAUUCCGUAAAUCCAGUAACUUCAAGAAAAAUCUGCCAUUAGAAUACAGGAUUUCCCUCAGCUGACAAUAAUUUCAUCAUUGAUUGUGGAAAGGUUUCACUUGUCUUUCAAGAAAACUCUGUUGCGUGAGAAAUUUGUACGAACUACAAUCAAUCGAGUGGCCAUUACCAAUUUAAUUUAAUAUUUGUACAUUUCUAUUUCUUCUUUUCACAUUUCUUAUCAUGAUAUAUCGAGGAUAACGUGUAGCAGAAUAUGUACGAUACCUCGCGUGUAUUUAGCCUACUUACGUCAUGAUUGAAAAGUUGAUGUUUUAAGUCUGGUUAAGAAAAAUAUUGCAAUUGGAUGGCGAUGUAAUUUUCACGUAAUAAUUUAGUAUUCUGAGCGCGAUUGUAUCUCUUUCGAUUUUUUUUUACUACUCCAUUAACUGUGAUAGUCUCUCAGAUUUUAUUGUAAAUAUUAAUGUAUUUGUCCUUGUUCCAUCACUUGACCCUAGCACUAUGUAUAUAUUCAUUUGUAAAAUAUACCUAUAUGUAUACACAUAUAGUCUGUCUAAUAAGAGCAUCAUCGAGCAAACUUUGAAAAUUGUUGCAUCGGUAUUAAUACCAUCUGCUGAAGAAUGGUUUUCAAACAAAAGUCAAGACUGGAUUUUUCAAGACAACAAUUCAAAACAUCAGAAUUGUCUUUGUUACUAAUAAAAAGAAAAAAAUAAUAUCGAAACGUUAGAUUGGUCAUUACAGUCAUCAAAUCCUACUGAAAAUAAUGUCUGGAGAUCAGUGAGGAUGAAGCUAUGUGAAAAAAAUGUGUACGGUGAACAACUAUCUUGACAAAUUCAAUAUGGCGAUUUUAACUUCAAGAGUAUGCUGUAACAUUGGUGGAAAGUAUGCACACAGAUGUCAGACAAUAAUUGACAACGAUGGUGAUUGGACGACUUAUUAAUAUAAAAGCGUCAUAGUAGCGAUUGAAUACGGCGUAUGUCACUUUUAUUUCUUUAUAAUAAAUUGCUUAAAAAGUUAUGUCGAUCAUAAUAUUUGAUUGUAUUCAUUAAUCAUUCGUUAUCACAGUUAGUACGGUAUAUUCUGUCUUGAAAUGUUUAUAAAAUUGUAAGAUAUUCUAUAUCUAAAAACCACUAAAGCAUACAUUAACCUUCUCUUCGCUAUAGAAUUAUUACCUUCAUUUAUUGUACUGUGGAUUGAGAAAUAUUACGCUACUAUUCUCUUUGUGCUUAUUGACUUUGUCAAGAACUUCCUUUUCGAUCUUUAUAAACAUUC